UAAACUCAGUCAAUAAAUGUCACUGACUGUGCUGCAGUUCUGAGUUCUGUGGAGAACAAAUACGUAUUUUUUUAAUAAAUUGUUCAAAUGAUUAAAUUAGACGUAAAUUAACUGAGAAACUGUGUUCUGUUCUAGAGUGUUGGAUAAAAAAUAUAUAAAGACUGUGUGGUUUUAGAAAAAACAUUCCUAUGCAUACAUUUUCGUAGAAGAUACUUUUAAUGAAUCGGUGUCAACAAUAAUUGAGAGAAAAGUUAGGGGUUGGUUAAGUGGAGUCAUUGACGACAUGAGGCGCAGUAGCCCCGUACAACAGUGGCUUGAUUCCUUGCCAGCUGAUGCACCUGUUGAGGCUGAAACCACUGGCGAUGAGGUGAAAGUCACUGAGCCUAAGUCUGAUGAUAGUAAAGCAGAGGAAUCAGUAACUGAGAACACAGUCAUUGAACCUAUCAAAGAAAAGGAGGAAGAGGAGCAAAACUUGGAAGUUCCUGUAAAAGAAGCAUGGAAAAGAAAGUCCCUUGAUAGUGCUCUACUCACUAGUACUCCACAGAGGACCAAUGUCAAGAGAUUGCAGCGGGACCAUUCAAUACAAUCGGAAGGAUAUUCUCCUAAGUUUAAGAACCCAUUACUUAGGGAUCAUUCUCUCCAGUCUGAUAAUAGUGGAUCGAGUGGCAGCUCAGUGUUAAACGUAUUAGGAGCACGAAAGGUUGAUGCAGAGUCAGUUCUAAUAGCUCUAGGCUUUGGGCCAAGUGAAAAGCAGCAGAAAUUGCAAAGGAUACCUGAUAGAUUUUUAGCUCCAUCUAAACUGAAAGGCAUCAGCACAGAAGAUUUUAUCAAGAAGGAACAACACUCAAUGCGGAUGCACGAUUGUGGUAUAUUCGGGUACAGAGGACUGACAGGGAAUCCUCAUGUUCCACCGUCGACAAUUGUAGCUAAAAUAAUUGGUUGCAUCCUUCAAGAUGAAGUUUGUCGUGAAGAGGCGGUAAUAAAAGCCAGACAUUCUAUAGCUGAUAUGCGAACUCAACCUAAUCUUAAUGCUAUCCUCGCCGCGCGCAUGCGUAACAACUAACAUAUGUCGUGACCAUGGGUUCGCUCUCUCCAUGAAAUGCUAGUUAAGUUCAUGAAGUGGUCGCAUUUCAUUUUUUUGUGUCUGUUGGCCACAUCAUCAUGUGGUUUGGUGAGGUCGCGCAUGGUCAACAUUACACGGAUGCGGUCGGUUUAGAUUAUUAGGUUUUUGUUUUUUAACCAGUAAAAAAAGAUAACACCACUUUGGUAGCCCCGCUUCUAAAAAGGACUUUAAGAUUUCCAAUAAAUAUUUUUAAAGUCAUAUCCUGAAAUACGACCGUUCCAUGAAAUUAUCGAUCAUUUCAUGAAGUUAGCUAAUCUGGCAACGACUCAUCCAAAUAUUAUUGAUUUCUGGUGUACAUAAUAAUAAUAAAUGAUUCGUUAAACGCUUAAUUGAUUAAAAAAUCUGUGCAAUAAGUUUUCAUAUUAGCUCAAAAUUCUAAGCUCAAAUAAUUGGUGAAGGGUGUUUUUUCGUAGGUAGGCACACUUACUUAGAUAUCAUAAAAAUAAAAGACUAAUACCAUUAAAUGGAACAAAUAUAAUGUAAUUGUGUUGAUUUUAAUCACAAAACUAAAUCACAAUCUGUACCUUAUCCGUAAGGCACAAAUACUAAAAAAAUGCCUUAGUCAUAAUAGUCAGUUUCGUAUAUUCCUUUUAAAAUAAUAAUAUAUACCUAAAUGUCUAUGUGUGAUUUAAAAUCGUGAUAAAUAAGCUAUUUGUAGACAGUUAAUUUAUGUCUGAAUGUCUCUGAGUAAUGAACUUAUAUUUUAAAGAGGCCAAAAAUAAUCUUAUUGCAAUACAAAAAUCUGAAUGAAUGAUAAAAUAUUCCUUAUUAAAUUAUUAAAAACAAAGUAGUAGUUAUAGGAGACUUACUUUGCAGUUGAUCAUUUUGAUAAUUAAACUUAGAUAAGUAAUUCAUUUUUGUUCGUAAGUACUGCGUAAAAUGUUAUUGUAAAUCCUACUUGCGCGUGAGUGUGGACUGAGUACUUAUCGUUUGAUAUGUUAUGUGAAUAGUUCAAACACUAAUGUAGUUAUUUUUGUGUCUUAGAUACCUACUUAGUCACAUAAGGGUCAUAUCAAACUUGCCUGACAUUAAGAUAAAAAGCAAAACAAUUAUCUAAAAUUGAUUUACUUAUGAAAGUUAAUAAUGAUGAUGAAUAUUAAUAAAUGUAAUAAAUUUCAUAAUACUUAAAUUAAUAUUUAUUGACUUAUUAAAACGUUGACGAGUUGUUUAAGCGAUAAUAUGAUCUUUCAAUUUCUCUUUAGUAUAGUUUGUACAAAAAAUAUGCUUUGAUAUAUUAAUGAAAAUGUUCUAUUAUUUCAGAGAUAGUUUAUUGUAGGCUGUAUUACCAAAGCAAAGUUGAAUUUUAUCAAAUUUUAUUCAAUAUGGUUAAGCAAAUUGUCAAUGUAACUGUUUCUAUAAAUAUGGUUCAAGAAAAGUGCUAAUGCAUAAAUAUUUUAGCAGUCAUUUCAAAGAAAACUUAUACGUAACGAAAUCUCGAAGAUCGCUCGAGAUAGAUUAAGACGUGGAGUAUUGUCUUUAGCCCUUUUGUUAUUGUGUGUUUUAUCAUAUUGUAUUUCUUAGAUCUGCUUCUUUCAACUAGUAAUUAUAGAGCUAAAAAAUAGCUUUAAGUAAUAUUGACAUAUCUUGGUAUUUAUGUAUUAAAGCACUAAUAUUUGCCAAUCCCAGUGUUCAAAUAGACAUGCAAGAACAAAAUGUAAAAAAACUACCUAUAUAUUUAAUUACCUGCUUACAUAUAUUGAAAUCAUAAAUUAAACUAGGUAAAUAUUUGCUAAUUUAAAUCAUGACUGUUAAAGAUGAAUAAGUUUUAUUUACUUGUGCCUUAUCUAAAUGGGUACUUGCAUAUUAAUGAAAAGUCAAAUCAUUCCUAUGUCUAGCGCAUUUUAUGUGGGCGGUAAGAAUCAUUAUUCAAUGAAAAGUAAUGAUUAUUACCUUUGUGUACGCAGUAUGUGACUGUUCCUAACCAAAGUUUUUAAGUCUCGGAAAGCGAUUGAAAUGCAACUAGUGCACGCUAAUAUUCGUGUGUAAAUCAAUCACUUGCAGAGAAAUUAAGAACAACAUUCCUAUAUGAUAGGGAGUGAAAAUGUGUCGCUAGCCAUCAGAACGCGAGUUGUUAGAUGAGAUCUUAAUAUUAAUUUAUGUAUGUUAUUUAAAAAUGUAAGGUAGCGUAGCGAUCAUUCAUUUCCUGAAACCAAGGUCUGCAAUUGUGCACCGGCCUUAAACUAUUGUGAUGUUUGUUAAUGUGACCUGAUACUGAAAUGUCAUAUUAUUUUUGCUCAUUAGAUAAAUUAGGUACUUAAAUGUUUAACUUGUAUUAUUUAGAGAUCUGAGUGUGUGGGAUCAAAAUGUAAAAUAAAAUUCAGUAAACUACCUACUAUUUUCUGGA